AUGGUCCCGGUCUUUUGGCACUUCAUAAGCAAAGCUGCUGCGUGGUCCAGGUUCACCACUUGGGAUCCGAAAAUCCAAGCCACUCGAGAACUGAUCAGGGGUCUGGCAUGGUGGUUGGGGGUUGCUCCCAUGGCUCUACUGGUUGGCACAAGGUUGUGCUACCGACUCCGGCACAAGCGCAGAUGGGCUCUGGCUGAAUAUCUCAUCAAUCUACCGCCGCUGCUGGCCAGCGUCAUGGUGGUUGUUGCAGCACAGCAGCUUGAGCAUCUGUGCUUCUUGCUCGACCGCCUUGUGGAGUUGCCGGGAGACCAUGGACUAGUGCCUUACGUGCUCAUGUUUGCCGCCAUGGUGCUCCCUGCGACGGUCGGGCUCUAU